AUGGAGAGGCGGCUCCUGGAGGCAGCCAUGGUUGGCAGUGCCACAUCAAUGAAGGAGAUGGCUGCACAGGAUCCAAGCCUGCUGCUUGGAACAACUCCUCAAGGGAACACCUGCCUCCACAUCUCCUCCAUCUAUGGCCAUGAGGGAUUUUGCAAGGAUGUGCUGGCGCUAAACAAUUCUCUUCUCACUAUCGCAAACAUGGAUGGUGAGACACCACUGCUCACUGCCGUGACAAAUGGCCACAUGUCUUUGGCCUCUAUUCUACUUGAAUGCUGCUGCACACUAGGGUUCAGUGAGGCAAUCUUGCAACAAGACAAAAAUGGUUGUAAUGCACUGCACCAUGCCAUUCAUAGUGGUCACAAGGACCUUGCACUGGAAUUGAUAGAAAAAGAGCCUGCCCUGUCAAAAGCUGUGAACAAAUACAGUGAGUCACCAAUGUUCAUCGCGGUAAUGAGAGAUUUUACAGAUGUUUCUGAGAAACUGUUGGAAAUUCCUGGAUCUAACCAUGUUGGAACAUACGGCCACAAUGCCUUGCAUGCUACUGUGAGAAAUGGAAAUGCAGGGUAUGAAUGCUAUGAUGAUGCUGGUAAUCUGAGCCCUCUUCUUGUUGCUGCUGCAUAUCGAGGUCAUGUUGAUGUUGCUCAAGAGCUUCUCAACCACUGUCCAGAUGCUCCCUAUUGCGACAGAAAUGGUUGGACAUGCCUUCACGAAGCUGUAAAGGAAGGUCAGACAGAGUUUGUGGAAUUUAUCCUAAGGACACCACAGCUUCGUAAACUCAUCAACAUGCGAAAUAAUAAGGACGGACGAACUGCUCUGCAUCAAGCUGUCCGGAUGUGCAAUCCUAAAAUUGUUGCCUCGUUGUUGUUUCAUAAAGACACAGACUUCACAUUGAAUGAUCACAGAACUGGCGAGUAA